AUGUUAAACGUUAAUAGAAACGCGAGUAUAGGAGGGUUCAGGAUUACCGACAGUCAAACACGAGCUGUCCAGGAGAAGAAAAUCGACAUACCCGUGGUAGAUAAUACAGAAUCAAGGAAGCAACUAAUAGCUCGCAUCGAGGACUUGACAGCGACCACGAUCCAACAAAUAUGUUCCGGUCGUUUACCGCAAAUUUUCUGCACUUUGCCACGAAACUGCGCAUCAUUGGACACGCAGACAUCCGACGACACCGAUUUCGAAUCGCAAUUUCACGAGGAAUCUGGUCGGGAUUCCGAUGAAACCGAGCGAUACGGAACAAGACCAUUGGCCGACUUUGCCAGCAAAAGAGGCAAAGACAAGUUCGCUUUAAUCAUGAUCGUAAUGGCCACGGCGCAUCGUUUGCUAAUUACCAACUGCACGGUCACCAGACGCUCCCUGUAUUACGACCUGAAAAACGAGAAUACCUGGCACUUGGUACCGGAACAGAGGUACCUGGACCAGGCCGUGAAUCACGUUGCUAAUUUGCUAAAUUGCCCGCCAUGGGAGCUCAAUCUGUUGCCAACGUCGAAAGGAUUAGCUGCCGGCGAGCUAACGCUGACACUGUCCGACAAUCGGAUCAUCGACUGUAGGGUGCCAGGGGGCGCCCUUAUUCCCCACAUCCUGUCAAACGUAAUUUCCGUUCGCGCCAAGGCGAAAAUGGUGCUGAUCGUGGAGAAAGACGCCGUCUUUCAGAAGCUGUUGGAGGACAAUUGCACCUCCUCUUUAGAGUGCAUCCUGAUAACGGGCAAAGGAUAUCCGGACGUGGCGACGAGGAUGCUGGUCAAGCUGCUGUCAGAGAAAUUGCAGCUUCCGGUUUACAUAGUCGUCGACGCGGAUCCUUUUGGCGUCGACAUCAUGUGUAUCUAUCGUUUCGGCUCGAUUACGUUGUCCAGACAGAGGGAAAGCCUGGCCUGCUCAAACGUACGCUGGCUGGGGGUUCAUCCGUCGGAGUUGCAGGCUUUGGCAGUGAACAGGGUCCCCCUCACGGAAUUCGAUUUCUCGAAACUGACAGCUCUCCAGGCCAGGCCUUACAUGACCCCCGAGCUCCUCAGAGAGCUCGAGAUCAUGCGAAGCGGAAAGGCGGAGAUAGAGAACGUGUGUUCCACCUCGAGAAAAUUCCUGGUAGCCGCCUAUUUGCCUUGCAAGAUCAAAGGAGACGAUUACAUUUAA